AACAUGAGCGGGACAGAUAAAACUAGAAAAAUCAAGAAUAAAGGUUCUCCCUCAAGCCUUCACGGGUCGAUUCUUAUUGACUUAAAGAAGAAAAAGGGUUUUCAGUACAACGACAUUGUGCGCAUUAAUGGCUGCAGAUAUGUUCUCACAAAGUUCUCCAAAAGCAAGCCUGAAGCAAGACUGUUAAAUGAUACUAUUAACAGAAGACUGAAUGAAAACAAGAAGGUGGAUUGGAAUGAGCUGGUUGAGGUUAAAGCUCAAAAAAAGGAUGAGAAUCAAGUGUUAACAAAUGCAAUGAUGCUGCCUAGAACUGUUCAUAAGAAGGAAAUUCUUCCUGAACUAAAGCUAAAUGGCAAUCAAUAUAUUGGGCGAAAUCAGACAAGGAGACCCAAAAAGAUUCAGAAUAUCAUAAACGAAAUUAGAAGCAAGUCUCCAGUAUAUACUAUUGAAUCUGGGAAGUUAUUGUCGAACAACUCUGAUGCGGUUUGAGUUAGAUCACAGAUAAGAUCUCCCGUAAACCAAGAGGCAAAGCUUCCAUUUCACGACAAAAAUGAAAUCACAGAUUUCACAAAAUUUACUCCAAAUAAAACCUUAAAACUUAAAUCGAAAAGACUAAGAGCAGUACAAAUUAUUGAUAAACAGAGAGUUGCUAAGAAGACAAAUAAUUCAUCACAAAGCUCAACUGCAAGCGAGUUAUCGCCGUUUUCUUGCCCAAUGAAACCAAGAAUCGGUUGUGGAUUACAGAGCACAUUCAGCAAAAAAUUCAGAAAUACCAAAUGCACUAGAAAACCUACAAUAGAUUACUUUGACACUGAAAUUUUCUUCCCAAGAAAAUCCAAAAGGAACCAGAACCAAAAACAAAACCUAUCAUCACUCCUAUCAACCUCCGAAAUCUCAAUGAUGAGGACCAAAAUCAUGAACGACUUUACAUCUUCACUAUAA